AUGAUGACCGGGUAUGGUUAUAACACGAACUUGGUUCAACAACCACCAGUUCUUCAAGGCGUCACUGACGAGUGGGGACAAGUCAGCGGUCAAUCCCAAUACUACCACACGGAGAAUGGAACCACCGGGUUAUCAAAUCCAAUGUUCUACGGGUCUGAAUGGUAUCAACCACCAAACUUCAAUUAUCCAGCAGAUGGAUGUGGCGACCAGAUGAGUUAUCAGAAUUGUCAUCAGAAUCAAGACGGAGGACAUCAAGGCAACCAGCCGAUAUCUUCUCUGAUGCACACCACUAAUCUCACAGCUCCACCACAACCAAGAGUCUCCAUUUCGGAUGAGGAACUGUUCAAGGCACUGAAUAUGUCUCCAUUGCCAUCAGCUACCGGUGGAUUUCCUGGUCAUCAGCAGCAGAUGCCACAAAUUCCACAGAUUCAACAGUCUAAUACAGAAAUAGAUUAUCUAUCUUCUGAAAUAUGCUUCCCAUCCACUUCCAACUUCGAGACUCCAAAUUUUAAGUCUCGGGGUUAUAUCCCACCGGCUUCUUCUAUUCCACCGGAGGAUCCCCACAUGUAUCACCAUUGCAUUGAUGUUGAUGAUGAAGGACCGUAUGGAGUGCCUGAAAGAUACGAGACGAUGUCGCCGACAUUCUCAAUCCACUCGUUUGCUCCGACCACAUCUACAAAUACUGCUGAAGCUGAAGAUUUGGAGGUUGAGCUAAUAAACAAUCACAAGCCAACUCCUCGGUACCAAAUGAAUGAUGGAAUCGAUAUUUUUCUUCACACCGGCACAACCGAUGAUACAGAAUACAAUGAGGACAGUGAUUCGAGGCCAACUACCACGUAUUCACAUCGGAGCAACAAAGCGCCAUCUCCACCGGCGCCUCGUCCAGCUUACGCAAAAAAGCUAUCCGCUGCAGCUCACAGUCAGAAGCCGGAACCAAAACCAUCGGAGAUUGUCUCACCAAUCUCCAAAACUUCGCCACUAUAUUUGCAAACUACUGGAGCACAAGAUCCGGCUGGAUUCACACCCUUGCUCACACCGAACUCGGACGCAUUGCUCCAGAAGAAAUUGAACGAGGUCGUUCAUAAACCCCCUCAACGUGCUGUUGGGCUCAACGCUUUUCCGGCGUUUCCACAGCAGCUCAAUUUGAACGGAUUUCAAGAGAAUCAACGUUACGAAACUUCAUUUUGUCAGCCAAUACAACCUGUUCAACAAGUUAAGCAAGUUCAACAAGAUAGUUUUUAUUCAACGGAGUCGUUGAAUCAAUUCGACUACGAUACUGACCGAGAUAUCCUUCCCCUGCUACUCGACUCAUUCAAACCGCUGCCACCACCGGAAAUUCCAAUUGGACCUGUGAUUGUGCCAGUGUCGAUUCCAGAAAGACUCACAUCUACCAAGAAAGUUCCAACUUCACGAGCUGCUCCAUCUGCUCCGAUCAAGGCUCCACGUCUGUCGGAUCAAGAACUUGAAUCGGAGAGCCAGAAACUUGCGUUAGACGUAAUCUCAAAUCUUUUCACCAACAAGAAAGAGAUUAUUGAUCGUGCCGCAAAGAUCAACGCCCCCAAAAAGCCAGUGGCCAGAAACCUGUUCUGCCUCGAUAAAGAAAGUUUGGAGAAGGCGAGAUCGAGUGAGCCGAGCAGUAUGAGUGUGCUCGAAGACUGGGAAACCGCCGAUGAUGAUGAUUUGACUGUUCGAAUGGAGAAUCUCCUUAAAGACAAAAAGAAGGAGGAAGUUAAGCAAGUUAAAACUUCAGCUGUCCUUACUCCCCCACCAAAGACGUCGGAUUGGGAUCCAACUUUUCUUCAACAUGUGCUCGAAAUUCACAGUGUCCCAGAUUACAAGAUGCAGGGAGACGUCGUCAAGGCAAUGGAGACAAUGGGCAAUGGAGACUGCAAAGUGAUGUGGAUAGAGCGUAAAGUUGUAUUUGCUGUUUUUGAAAAUGUGAACCGGGCGAAAAACUGCUUGGCACUCUCCAGACAUGAUUGGAUCAGAUUCAGAAGUUUGGUGGAUUCUCCGAGACACGUCCAGGAGGCAGCAAGAAACAAUGCAUCAAAUUUGAGUCUUCCUAAAAAGAAGCAACAGACAACUGCAACCGUCGCUCGUCGUAUGGUAGAAAAUGCCCUUGGCAAGAAAGCAACGGUCACUAUCGAAAAGCGUCAAGAGGAACGAAAGCAGCUUGCCGCUGCAAAAGCCGCUAAAAAGAACACUGUCCAAUGGGAUUGA